UCAGCCGGAAGCGGAAACCACGCACGACCAUCCUGGCUUUCGCCGCGCCCUCCCACUUCCGGCCCCGCCCCCAGGCUUCCGGUCUCUCUGCCCCUGUCGGACUGUCCCGGGUUGUUUUUGUCGACAUGGCGGUGGCUCUGAACCUUUUGCUGGGCUCGCGUGUUCGUGCUGCCGUGGCUCGCUGUGGUUUCGCGACCCGGGGGAUGGUAGACCCGGGCACGCUCGGCCGGGAGCCAGACCCCGAUUCCGACUGGGAGCCGGAGGAGCGGGAGCUGCAGGAGGUGGAGAGCACCCUGAAACAGCAGAAAAAAGCCGCCCGAUUCCAGAAAAUUCGGAGACAAAUGGAGGCGCCGGGUGCCCCGCCCAGGACCCUGACGUGGGAAGCCAUGGAGCAGAUCCGAUAUUUGCGUAAAGAAUUUGCAGAGUCCUGGUCAGUUCCCAGAUUAGCUGAAGGCUUUGGUGUCAGCACUCAUGUGAUCCGGAGGGUUUUAAAGAGCAAGUUCGUACCCACAUUGGAGCAGAAACUGAAGCAGGAUCAAAAAGUCCUUAAGAAACCCGGGCUUGCCCUCUCGUUCAGGCAGCUCCCGGGUUCUCAGGAUUCCUUGAAGCCGCUCUCCGCGAGCCACUCUGGAUCAGGCUCUUCGUUGAUGCCAGCAGAUGAAACCUCAUUCAAAGGCUGGGGUCACAGCACAGCUUUGAAAGUGAUAGAAUCGAACACUCACAGUACACCAAGGAGACAGAAGGGAGGGGAUAAAGGAAUCCAGGAUCCGCAGCGGGAGCACUCUGUGCCUGUUGCAGAUCUAGGUCACGGGCAAGAGCUGCAGAAGUGCUCCACCAGCGAUCGUGCGGGUUCUAGACGAGCUGACGGUGAUGGAUUGCCAACUGCCAAGAAGCUGGAAGAGUUGAAGGCGCAGGACCCAGGUGACCAGAACUUCAGCAGCAAAGUAGUCCAGAGGGGGCGAGAGUUCUUUGACAGUAACGGGAACUUCUUGUACAGAAUUUGAGCUGGAGCCUGGUUUGUGGAGAAUGCCACCUGAAACGCAGCUGGGAGAGUAGGUUUGGAGCUGCCUGGACUUUUGUGUGUGGAUCAUCCACCUUGGGAUGGGAGGAAAUGAUGAGCCUGGACCAUGGGAGGAAACAACUGCUCAGAUAUGAAUCUGACAAGAGGGCAGUGAACUUCACAGGGCCAAUGUGUAUUGGCAGGGCAGGGUUAAUGACUGGCUGGGUAGACUCCAGUGUCCUGGAGCUCUGCUCCUGAUCUGACCCGUGUGGAUCUUCAGUACUCCCCAUUUUUGCUUGGGCUCUCUGUAUGUUGAAACCAGCCCGUGUUGCAUGCGUUGUUAGAACUUUUCUGUGAAAUUUGCGGUAUAUGUUUGGGAAAAAAUGAAAAGUUUGCCUUCUGAUCUCAUUUACUUCUUGAUUAAUGAACACUAAUAGUUCUGGAACUGCUUUAUCAGUAGAAUGUUUUCAUUAUGUGCAAAAGAAAAUAAAAUGUAGCAGUUUG